AUGGCCUCGGAGAACAACGCGACCGACAGCCCCGCUACGCAUGGUACAACCGCCCCCGUUAUCGAAUAUAUCUGUCUUUUCACCAAAGACCUGAAAAAGAAGCAAAAGAAGUGGCAAGAUGGACGUCUCAAAUUUCACACAUACAACAAGAAGGUCAUGGUCUAUGAUGAACGGGGCUACAAUGUCGGAUAUAUGCAUUGGCGCCGUGAUUACGACUUGGCCGAUGGAGAGGAAUUGGAGCUGGAGUCUGGAGGAACACAGGUCCAGGUGUGCGAGUGCGUUGGGACUCAAGAGCAGGACAUAUCCGGGCUGGUAGACAAGCGGGUGCAAGAAAGGGAACAACGGGCUAUUAAAGUGGCGGCGCGGUUGCAGCAAAGCUCUUCGGUUGGUGGUUCGCGACCGGUAGUUAGACAAUCGCCCAACGACCAUUUCCAGCUAAGACAAGUCCCGCUCAAUCAGCUACUCGGGACCCCAUCUGGCCACCAUGGCAGAGCUCUGGUUCCGUCGGAAUCGCCCUUUGAACAGCGACAGCGAGUAUCCAACGACGAUACCCCGAGACCAGCCAAGAGAGCUAGACGUGACCCGUCGCCGCCAGCCAAGUCUGGCUAUGCGCAGAAUCUCUUCGGUGCCAAACUACACCUUUCUUCCCAACCAUCUUCAUCAAUAUGGCAAAGGACGCCACGUCCGACCGCUCCGGCAGCUUCGAACCCCCAGCGGAAACGAACACAGGUUGGACAGCCUGCCAAGAAACCAGAACCAGCUACUCGGAAGGAGCCCAAUACACAUGCGGUUGUUGAUCUGGUCGACGAUGAUGACGAUUACGAGGCUAGAGAGAAUGGCAAUGGCAUCGGAGUUGAGGUGCCUGAAAAGUUUGCCAGGGCAAAUGUGCAAUCCCAGCAAGUGAGAAAAGCAGAGAAGGCAACGAAAAAGCGUAUGGCUCCUGUGCAAACCUCAGAUAUUGAAGCCACCCCGCAUCUUUGGUCUCUGAAUCAACCAGUGUCGAAGAGACCACGACUAAGAGAAUCAACGCCACCGAGCUCUCCAGAGAUUGUCGAGUUAAAUUCGCCCCCGGCUGCAUUAUCGAAGCCACCAAAACCAUCAGGGCGCCGGCCCAAUGUGGCUGUGACGAAAACGCGCUGCCCGCCCCCUGACCCAGAAACUCUUCCAAAUCUGGAAACAGACCCUCCGGAACCAUCGGCAGAUGAUUUGACAGAGCCAUCAAGGCAAAGAACAGCUUUACGGAUAAAGUCACGUAAAAAGCGUGGCUUGAUGAUGCUAUCAUCAAACAACUUUGAGUCCUCGUCAGCUCCCCAGCCUCGUGAGGGCAGUGAACGCAGCAAAGAGGAUGCCAUAAAACCGCAGGAUACAGAUGCUGGAUCACCCAAGGAGUCUGUGAGCGAUGUUUUGAUCACCAAACCCAGAAAACAAACCAAAAAGAAACCGAUAGAACACCAUGCAAGGCUAUCUUCUCCAUCUCCAGCCUUGACACACGGAUCUCGAGGUGCUUCGUCGGCGGAACAAGCUCCCAUUGAACCAGUAGAAACCCAAACAAACCAGCGAGGCAAAACGAGGGCGCGUGCAAACGGGCGAGCGGUCAAUAGCGCAUCGGAGACUAACAGUGCAUCCGAGUCACGCAACGAUCCUGUUCAAGUUGCCACCAAGUCUCCCAUCAAAAAAGGCGGCAAAAGAGCAAGAGCAAGACAUAACGUGCUUUCUGAGGAAGACUCGGACUCAAACAAUGCUUUUGAAACUCAUUCAAAGUCAGCACAAGAACCACAAAGCAGGGAUGUUCAUCCGGAUGUUGCCGGCCUACUGUUUGAUGACGAUAGUGACGCCUCAAACGAUUGGGUUCCUCCACCUCCAACUUGUAAAAAUCUGGCGAAGAUAUCCAAGGGUAAAAAGAAGCAAGACACCACAAAGCCAGCCAAAGCCUCAGCUCGCGUCAGAGAAGAUUCGGAGCCUCCAGCAGGUCAAAUGCGACUGGAAAAGCUCGGUCGGAAAAGUGUCAAGAGUAGAGAAAUCAUAGGCUGGGUGUUUGACCAACCACCUGCCGUCACUUUUGGAGCGAGAGCUGCUCUGCCACUUAUAGCAUCGCAGCCCUCGCGUAGCCCCUCUCCGGACCCUUUGCCAGAUGACGUGGCCGAAAACCCAGACGAUCUGCACAUAUUACCUCAAGAUAUUGCUAACGAUGUUCCGACCUCGUCCGAACUCGCACAACUGAUUGAGACACCAGCGGCCACCUCUAAAAGAGUACCAGAUCCGAUUGUUGGGAAACUGCCAGCAGAUUCUCUUCGAAAGACGGCGCCAGAUGUUAUAGCGAAAACAACCACAGACUCGGUUCAGGAGACAACGUUGGAUGUCGUUGCUAAGAAUGUGUUACCGGUGUCUGUCUCAAAGCCCGUCACCCAGGCUGCAACCAAGACGACUCCAGACCCUGCCCCAGUCAUCAAUGCGCGGCCACGAAUCGCUAAUCCAGCCACAAGAGGUCGUAAGGCAGCUGUCAGGUCGGAUGCUCAAGGCAAGGUUCCCCAGCACAUACUGCCAACAGAUCCAAACUUGCUACCCCGAAAAGAUGUUUUACAAGCCCUUGCAACCAUGAUGGCGGCAUCGACCAAUGAAGCUGCGGCGCUGUUGCCAUCACAAAUUGAUCCGCCGCCAGCAGAGCCGGAACGACCAAAGAUCAAAAUGAAGUUGCCUGGAUUCGCACCAGCUGGUGCGUCAGUUGGGGAUGUUCUUGGGCCAUGGACCCGAGAAGCGUAUGAUCUGCUUGGGAUGGGAAGGCCCUCACGAUGA